AUGGCAGCCUGGCUGCCCGCCGGGCGCCUGCUGCUCGUGCUGGGGACAUGGGACCCCCCCAUGCGGCUCACUGGUGGCAGCUGCCGCUGCACCGGGAAGCUGGAGGUGAACAUGAAGGGAGUCUGGAGCCCCGUGUGCCAGAACAUUGGGAAGCAGGCCACUGUCAGCAUCUGCCAGCGGCUGGGCUGUGGCCCCCCCACUGCCGCCAGCCCCUUUGUGGUGGACAGGAACAAGGAGCCAAGGGUGCAGGCGGUGCAGUGCACUGGGACAGAUAGGUGCCAGUGGCAGUCGGCUAACUGCAGCAGCCACGCCACCUUCGCCUGCAGUGAGCCGGCGACCACCACCACCAAGCCUCCCCCUACGCCACCAACCACCAGCCCGGAGCCCACCGGGCCCCCCAGGCUGCGGCUGGUGGACAGCAACUUCAGCUGCUCAGGCUUUGUGGAGCUCCACAUGCGGGGCCGGUGGGGGGCCGUGGCGAGCAGCCCGGGCAAUUGGAUGGAGCUGGCUGCCCGCAUCUGCAGCGCGCUUGGCUGCGGCAGCCCCAUCGAUGGCCCCGCAGCCCCGCAGAUGAGCCAGCUCCUCGUGAAGUGGGAGGCAGUGGAGCCGUGCAGGAGCCCCGAGCUCCUCGACUGUUUCAACAGGACCAGGGACGGGCGCGGGAGAGCGCCCGCCUUCCUCACCUGCUCAGGUUCCCAGCCGCAGGCGGCGCGGAGGCUGGCGGGUGGCCCCACGCCCUGCGAGGGGGACAUCGAGGUGUUCCAGCAGGGCCGCUGGCAGGUGCUGUGCAACCGCCCGGCGCAGCGCAACGAGUGGGGCCGGCAGCUGUGCAGGGAGCUGCGCUGUGGCAACCUCUCCUCCAGCACCGAGGUCCGAGAGCCCCCUUCCAUGGGGGUCUUAUGUGAUGUCCGCCACCUGCACCUCUGCCCGGACAGCCCCAAGUCGCUCCGCUCCUGCUUCCGCACCCGAGUCGUGUGCCAGGACUCGAAGCCGCGUCCCGCUGGCGUAGCAGCGGGCACCGUGGCGAGCAUCUGCCUGGCCCUGCUCCUCUUUGGCAUCCUCCUGCUUAUCUGCGGCCCUCCCACCUACAGGUGGCUGAUGAAGAAAAUCUCCAAGAAGAAGCAGCGGCAGUGGAUCGGCCCCACGGGGCUCAACCAGAACGUCUCCUUCCACCGCAACAGCACCGUCACCCUGAGGCCGCGGGCAGACGGGCAGAGGGCGCAGGGGGGGGACAACGACUACGCUCAGCCCCCCCAGAAGAGCUCCUACCUGUUGGCAUACACAGUCCUGCAAGGCGCAGCCCGAUCUUCCAACCCUCCGGACAACUCCUCUGACAGCGACUACGACCUGCAGUCUGCCCGCAGGCUGUGACCCCGAGAGAGACAGACGUGGGAUUCAGCACAUGGAGAAAGGUAAAGCAUGAGUUGAACAGAGCUG